GCCAGCGAGUUCAUGAUUAAUUUCAUGAUUCGUCUUGUAAGAUCACGCUUUGCAGUAAUUUUUUCCUCCUUGAUGAUACAGCGACGGUUGGAUUGUUGUUGCGAUGAUGGUGGUUUCUUUGUCUACGGGUGAAUAUUGACACUGGGAUCUUGUUGUUAUAAAUAGAGGAUUACCCGGUUGACGCGGAUCAGCGGCGAGAGCGGUGUGAGCGAGAAGCGCAGUGUGUGUGUUGGAUUAUAAAUUCCCCGGAAAAAAUGCUGAAAUCCGUGCAGACGCACCGGCUGUCCACGCCGGUGCUGACCAGCGCCCCCUGCGCCCCGGCCACCCCGCCGCGGCGCACGGUAUCCCGCACCAGCUCUUCGUUAUCCACCUCCACCUUCGGGCAGCGCCUGUCCUGCGCCCCCGACGACGCCUCCAUCCUCUCCUUAGCCCUGACCACGGCGCCCCCUCCGCCCUUACCACCGCGACCCCCGACGCCCCGGGCGGUCGGCGGCAUGCAGCCGGAGGAUCCCCUGUACGAGGAGAUCUAUAGCGCGGUGCGGACGGAGAGCGCCGCGGGAAAACAGGAGGGAAAAGGUCAUUCCCGGCGGGCGACGGUGCCGGUGACGCCGGCGGGAGUGGGGAUGUGUCAGACGCCCGGUGGGCUGCCUGAGCCGCCGAAAUUGCCGCCCGUCAGCGGAGUGCUUCACACUAAGAACCCGGCGGUCGUGCGCCCCUCAGCCUUCAAGCCCUUCGUCCGCCCGGACCCCGCCGCCACCCCCGCACCCCCGCCACCCCCCUCAGCCCCCCCGGCCAAACCCAGCGCCCCGGUGCGGCGCAGCACGCCCCGCAACCACGUCGGCAAAUCCCUCUCGGACCCCUGCGGCCAGGCGACCCCCCUGGGGGGUUCGGCGCGCGGCCCGUCCUACCGGAAGCUGUCGGCGACGCACCGCUACACGCCCACCACGGCGCAGUCGCUGUACUAUCCCAGCAGCAGCGACCAGUCGUCGGGCGGCAGUUACGGGUACGGAAGCGGCGGAUGCUCCGACCAGAGCGUGGACAGCUGGUCCAUGUACGGCGGGAUGCACGGCGGGCAUAAGGUCUACCGCGCCCGGAUGAUCCGUACCGAUGAGGACGAAGUGUCCCUGUCGGAUGACCCCUACCACGUGACCUCGACACCCAGUCCGAGUGAUUCCGGGAUCGCGGUGAACUACGAGAGUCUGCUGCGCGAGAAGGACAACGAGAUCGCCGCGCUCCGCCGCACCAUGGAGCUCAACGAGGGUGUCAUCUUCAAAGUGCACGAGGAGAAAGAGGCGGCCUGGCGGAAACAGUUAGACAGCCUGCGCACCUCCCACGACACGCAGCUGCGCAGUGUCUCCUCCGAGCACGAGGCCAAAGUGGAGGAGGUCCUGCAGGCCAACGACGCGCUCCGCCAACACAACGUUCAGUUGCAGCAGCAGCUGCAGACGGCGCUGGAGGGCCGCGGCGCCCUGGAGGUCACCCGCGAGGACCUGGAGGCGCGGCUGAGUGAGGCGCAGGCGCGGUUGGACGAGGCCAGCUGGUUGGUGUGCGAGAAGGCCGGCCAGAUCGCGCUGCUGAAGAAGCAGCGGCCCGCGGCGGCGGACCAGGCGCUGAGCCAGCAGGUGCUGCAGCUGCAGGGCCGGUUGGAGCAGGCGCAGAAGGAGGCGCUGCAGCGCAACGCGGAGCUGAAGGAUCUCCGGCAGACGCUCAACUUCCUCUCCCAGCAACUGUACCAGGUACAGCAGAAGCUAGACUUGGCCAGCGGCGAACUGGAGGCCAAACAGGAGAAACGCGGCAGCCUCUCCGAGCCGCCGGAAGUCGACACUCUCCGCCGCGAACUGGCCGCAUUGCGUCUCCAAUACAGCGCCGAAUCGCGGCGCAUGGAAGACGAGCGACAGACGUGGGCGGUGGAGAAGGAGAAGGUGCUGUCGUACCAGCGCCAACUGCAGCUGACCUACCUGGACAUCUACAAGCAGAAAUGCCGGCUGGAAUCCCAGCUGGACGACAUGGGCAGCACGCUGCGCAUCAACGAGUUGAUCGAGCUGCCCAGCGAGGCCUCCCGCGAAUCCGACUGCUGACCGUUAGAUUUUGAUUCCGGAUUGUAAUAACCGUUCUCCUGUUCUUCACAAAGAGUCUGUAGGCUUUUAUUUUGUCCGUUGUCGGUAUUUUUUUCGUAGGUUGUUGCUGGUUUAGAAAAUGGGUUUUUGUAAAUUGUAUCGGUUGAUUUUGCCCUUUAUUGUACAGAAUAUGAUAUUAAAAUGUUGAAAAUUUGAAAUUUGUGAUU